UUCAAAUGCAUCAGCUGAUCAAAGUACAGACAGCAUAGCAUACUUAAAAAUCAUAAAUACAAUAAUAUGUUUAUUUGUAAUAUUAAGGAAAUUAACAUAAAUAACGUAAUAUGCUGGCCGAGUAUUUCAUUAUAAUUCUAAAUGAGCUGUUUCUGUGGUGUUACGCAAUCAAUUUAUGAUAGCAGCCUAUGCUCUGAUCCUGAUAAAUAUUACAGUAGGAUAACAAACUUGAUAAGACCAUAUUGUGUUAUUUUUCAAUAUUCUUAAAUAAAUGAAACGAAGAAAACUACUAAAGAACCAAGAAGAACGACCUAUUAUUGUUAGGACAUGGACCAUCUUAGAAAAAUCACCAAAAUUCCUUUUAAUAAUGUCCUGCUAUUGUUUUCUCGAAACAAAUCUUUUAUAAAGAUCGUCGAGGUGGGUCCCAGAGAUGGUCUACAAAACGAGCCUACACUAAUUCCUAGUAAUAUCAAAAUAAACCUGAUCGAUCAGUUGUCAGAAACAGGUCUUAAGGCUAUCGAAGUGACAAGUUUUGUUAGUCCAAAAUGGGUUCCGCAGAUGGCAGACAAUACCGAGGUCUUUAGGGGUAUAAACAGGAAAGUCGGAAUAUCUUAUCCGGUGCUUGUACCAAAUAUGAAAGGCUUAGAGUCUGCUAUUUCAGUAGGUGCUAAGGAAGUAGCAGUGUUCCUUUCAGCAUCCGAAGGCUUCUCAAAAAAAAACAUAAACUGCACAGUUCAAGAUAGUCUGGAUAGAGUAAAACCUGUAAUACAAGAGGCUAAUAAACGUAACAUUCAUGUUAGAGGAUAUAUUUCAUGCGUUGUAGGCUGCCCAUAUGAUGGUGCCGUAUCCCCUGCAUCCGUAAGCAAAGUAGCGCAAUCUCUUCUCUCUAUGGGUUGUUAUGAGCUGUCUUUAGGUGACACUAUCGGUAUUGGAACCAAAAAUACUAUAGAAGCUAUGCUUCGUGAUGUCCUAACGGUGUGUCCAGCAGAUAAACUUGCUAUACACUGCCACGAAACCUACGGACAAGCCUUAGUGAACAUCUGUACAGCUUUGGACAAGGGCAUAAACGUUGUUGACUCAUCUGUUGCAGGUCUAGGAGGUUGUCCUUAUGCAAACGGAGCCACCGGCAACGUGGCAACUGAAGAUCUGGUUUAUAUGUUGCACGGACUUGGUGUCGAAACUGGUGUUAGUUUAAAGAAACUGAUUAAAGCCGGAAGGUUUAUUUCGGAUUUUUUGGGAAAACCACCUCAAUCUAGGGUUAAUAAUGUUCUGAUUUCUAAGAUUUAGUGAUAUAUUUUUAAGGAAAAUACUUGUUAAUUAAUAUAUAUAGUUGUAACAAA